AUGAGGUGGAAAUAUCAGGGGUCCACCAAGGUGAAGCGGGCACAGUUCCAAGCAUUGCAGAAAGAGUUCGAGUUGCUGAACAUGAAGGACAGAGAGAAGAUAGACAGUUUCUUGGCUCGCACCUUAACAGUGGUAAACAAAAUGAAAGUGAAUGGUGAAGUCAUGGAGCCUAGCACAGUGGUUGGUAAGAUUUUGAGAUCCUUGACACCCAAGUUCAACUAUGUUGUUUGUUCCAGUGAAGAGUCGAAUGAUCUGAACACUAUGAGCAUUUAUGAGCUUCAUGGAAGUCUACUUGUUCAAGAGCAAAGAAUGUAA